AUGCAGAUGCUUCUUCUUAGUCGCUGGAUGAAGGGACAUCCUCCUUCUUCUCGUGAUACUACGUCGGAGCUAGCUUCGAAUAACUCUGAGCUGGAACAAGAGCUGGGAGGGCUUAAAGCAGAGGUCGCUUCUCUUGAGGCGGAGCUGGCGGCAUCGGAGUCCUCCUUAGCUGACAUUGUGCGCGUGGCUAACGGCUCGAAGGAUCAGAGUUGGUGGCUGUUCGAAACGACUGAGUGUGUUAUCGAAGCGACAGCUUCGGUUAGCCGCGACAUAACGGAAACAAAGGGCAUGCACCAAAGCUUGGUUAAUCUAUCGAAGUCCGUUUUAUCAGAAGGUGCUGCUGUUAGCUUCGAAAGUUUCCAAUACUCUGAGUUCGCUUCAUACUAUUCCAGGGCCACGUAG